CACCUGAAAUAAUUAAAAAAAUUUAUUGUGUUCCAAAUGCAACCGUGGACGCCGGCUGGCAGUGAAGCUUGCAAAUAUUUGCUAAUUUCUGUUCACGACAAACUUAGUAAGUUUCUCUCUUUAGGAGAGUAAGAUACCUUAUUCUCUGAAUUUUGAUACUGGCUAAUUCUUACUGGCUUUUGCAUGGCGAACAGAACUGUUGAAAGUAGCACAAUCAUUCACUUUAUGUUUUAUGCGAUGCCAUGGCUCUCGUAGCAAUUUUUUAUACGCCCCCUAUUACAAUGCAUUGGCUUCAGUUUUAUUAUCGCAACACUUUCCCUUUAGUUUCGGUUUUCAUCUCAAAGUUUUUGCAUCUAACAUGGGAGUAGCUAUUCUAAAAUUUUUGACGCUCCUGAUAUCCGCCUCCUUGAGCACCAGUAACAAGCGACUCCUGGCGAAUCCCGGUUUCGAUAGUGCCGACUCGUGGGAGUCCGGAUACCUGCCUUGUGCACUCGAAGAAGUUGUUUUCCCCGAAACAUAUCCAGCCGUGCUACCACUUCCAACCAAAGUGGACAUCAGCGGAAUCGUGUUACCCCGCGAUGGUGCCCUUCUGCUCAGCGACGAGUCGACAAUUACGCUUGGAGGAGAAUUGCAGCAGAGAGAAUGUCAAAAUGGACGUAGGUGCCGUGCUUACUUAAAAAUUCCUGUGACUAGAAAGUGGUAUAACCCAAGUAGUUGGCUAAGUUCCGCGUCUCAAGCCCAAAACAAGGCUAUACCACAUUUGGAACGCGUUCCCUGUGACAACGAGACAGUGGUAAUGCCACGUAGUGGACCGCUUUCGAUUGAUGUGGAGAAUUUUCCUUAUUUGAGGAUGGGCCAUCUGAAUUAGGCCGGAUCUCUCAUAUCGAAUGACUAUCUAAAUUACUUGAUACACACUGAUAUCGGUCAGCUUUUAUUCAAAAAUAGUCUGGAUACAAUGGCGCAGUAUUAUCACCAGGAUCCCUGCGGCUGUCAUAUAGACGCUUUAGUAUUUUCGGAACCCAUUUGCAAGAAUGUGGCAGGGGAAUGCGACCGGCCGCACUGUCUGGUGCCGGUAACGCCCCUUGCAAGUUGCUGUCCAAUAUGUGGUUCUGUGUUGUCAUUCAAAAUGGAUUACUGCAGCGAACGGAAUUUAAAUAAAUUACGGGAACUAUUAGCAGCUUCUGUUCAGGAACAAGGGCUUACAACCGACUUAGAUUAUCACAUUACCUACGUAAAUGCAGAGCCAUAUGGAAACUACUUAGAGGCCAUUAUUGCCGAUCGUGAAGCAUACUCAGAGAAGAGCGUGAAGUUUGUGGCCCAAUUGAAUGCAAGCACCGAUUGGUCAAAAGUCUUUGAAAGAUCGUACAAAGUGGAUAUUCUUAUAUCUGGACGCCCCUACAAUCCGAAUAUAACAUUUGGCUCUGUGCUGCUCAUCAUUUUGUGCUUGAUGUUUGUCUCGGUGGUGGCUUUGGUAAUUUUCGCACACAAUGCGCCCGAUCAUCGCUAUUUGCGCUACGUACCGCAGUGGGUCUAUGAUCCGAGACGUUGGCGUGCAUUGUUAGUACGUCCCUCCUUCGUGUUUGCACGGUUUGAUAAUGUUACGGACAGCGGUGCAGAGGCAGAUGCGACCGAUGGCAUUGCCAUGGGCUACGAUGCAGAAAGUGGGCAGGUAAGGGAGCGCGCUUUCGAUAAUCCGAUGUUUGGCGAGAAAUUAAGAGAGACCGGUGCCGCAACUACUGCAGCCGGUUUUGCAUCAACCAGUGCAGCAGCAGCUGGCAGCACUUCAACAACGAAAGCAGCUAUGGUUGUUGGCUUGUCAAAAGCCACAGAACAAAAGGUGGCAAUGAAGUCAAGUGGCAACAAAUUGGAAAGUGUUACGUUGGUCGAAGCCAUGGAGGGUGGAGACAUUGAGGAGGAACAAGAAUUGACUGAAAUCACACUCGGCGAUUCGUCGGCCAACAACAGUGAUGACGAGGAGGAAACAAAGGAGUAGUAAAGUGAACGAGAAACCUCAAAUGCAUAUGCAUGGCAUAUAUAAAUAUCAAUAUUAUCUGGAUAGGAUGAGCUAAAAUAUUUAUAAUUAAUA